GUUUCGUUUAAACGAUGAUUGUGAAUAUGUCAAAAUUUUUUAUCAUAAUUACCGUUCAAUUAAUAAUUGUGGUCACAUUAUGCCAAUGCCAGAAAAUUAAUGAUACUCAAUUAUGCAGUGAUAACGAAUUCAAUUGUAAUAAUACACAAUGUAUUUUAAAAACACAAGUUUGUGAUGGCAAAUACGAUUGUAGGAAUAGAAAUGAUGAAACUUAUGAACUUUGUGAAAAUAAAAAAUGUAAAAUUGAUGAAUUUUCUUGUUCAAAUGGGGCUUGUGUGCCAAUUAAAUCCGUAUGUAAUAGAGUUAAUGAUUGCGCAGAUGGAUCAGAUGAAGCUGAUUGUAAUCCUAAAACGGUAAAAUGCGAAAAUCAAUGGAUGAAGGCUUGUUUAUCAGGUGAUUGCAUUUCACUUGAUAAAAUUUGUGACGGAUUCAAAGAUUGCCCUGAUAAUUCUGAUGAAACUUAUUCGGUCUGUUCGAAUUUUACAUGCCCAGGGUAUUUGUUUACAUGUAAAUAUGGAGCAUGUGUAGACCCAAGUAGUCGUUGCAAUGGGGUACCCGACUGCAUAGAUUACUCAGAUGAAAUUAAUUGUGGACAUGAUAUUGAUAUCACAAAGGCAAUUUGUGGGGAAAAUCAUUUUCAAUGUAACAGCGGUUUAUGCAUAAAAAAGGAAAAUCUUUGUAACGGAAUUCGAGAUUGUGAUGAUGGUUCGGAUGAAACAUACCGGCAAUGUAAGAACACCAUAUGCGCUCCAAAAAUACACCGUUGUAAAUAUGGGGCCUGUGCAGAUCAAUUUAAAUGUGUUAAUUCUGUCCAGCCACAGCACAUAAUACCAAUAAUUCCUUUAAUGGAUUGUUUGUUCCCACAACAACCAGCAAAUGGAGUUAUGAAAACCAGUAAUGGUAAAACAUAUAAUUUGAAUGAAAUUGUACCAGAAUGGACAAUUUUAACUUAUUCAUGUAAUGAAGGAUAUUCCUUAGGAACAGAUCAGGCAGUGAUUGUUUGUGCUAAUAAAAAAUGGACUAAUCCAUUCCCAACAUGUAAAAAAAUUUGUCCACCUUUAAGUACAAGAAGUCAUGAAAUUGAAUGUCAUUAUCGGCAAACACCAGUGCCAUGCAAUGAAUCAUACACUGGGACAAUUGCGAAUGUCAAAUGUAAAGAUUCAUUUGAGCUAAAAGAUUUUAUUUAUCAACCCUACAAUGGAAUAGAAUGUGGUUAUGAUGGUACCUGGAGUGAUAAAUUGUACGAUUGUAAUCCAAUUUGUGGUACUUUAACACCGAAAGGACAACCAUUAGUUGUAAAUGGAUUUACUGCAUUAAAAGGUGAAUUUCCAUGGCAUGCCGGACUUUAUUUUAGAGAAACGAAAAAAGACAAUUAUGAACAACGAUGUGGAGGUACAAUAAUUACGGAAAAUAUUAUAUUAUCUGCUGCACAUUGUUUCUGGGAUUUUCAAAAUGACAAACCAAAUCUACAAAUAAAAAAGUGGGCAGUGGCAGUUGGUAAAUUAUAUCGAGAUUGGUAUCACAAUAAAGAUCGUGGCCAAAAAUAUCAGAUUAAACAAGUUAUUUUACCAAAGAAAUUCCAAGCUGCGGAUAGUAAUUUUGCUUAUGAUAUUGCUAUUAUAAUAUUAAAGAAAACAAUCAAAUUAUCACCUUUUGUACGUCCAGCUUGCAUCGAUUGGAGUAAAGAAUUGUAUCAAAGUAUAUUUGUCAAUGGAUCACUUGGUUUGAUGGCUGGUUGGGGCUCAACAGAAGAAUUUGGGCCACCAGCUGAAAUUUUAAAAGCAGUAAAACUACCGUAUAUCGACUAUGAAACUUGUUUUCAACAAGUACCAGAAACUUUCCGUCCAUUCAUAACUUUUGAUACAAUUUGUGCAGGUUAUCGAAAUGGAACGAGCAGUUGUACGGGUGAUAGUGGCGGUGGACUUGCAUUUAAAAAGUAUAAUAGAUAUUUUAUCGGAGCAGUUGUAAGCGCAAAUCCAGGGAAAGGUGGUAGAACUUGUGAUUCAUAUCAAUAUGGGACAUUUACAAGUGUUCCUCAACAUUUAAGUUUUAUCAUGGAAGCCGAACGAGAAAAUAGAUUAUAAAACAAAUUUUUUUAUUAGCCAUAUCAAAUUAACCGAUAAAAGCAAUUUCAAUCGCUUGGCAGAUAAAAAUGAAUGACUUGAAUUUCGUUUAGCUUUAGGCAAACGCCAACUGUAGUCAUUAUUAACUAAGGACCAAUCCAAGAUAUUAAUCUUUGCGGAAGUAAAGUGUAAAAUAUUUUUAAGAAUAGUGGCAGCGCCCUAUGCUUAAAAAGAGAAUGUUUAUGAACUUUGUAGACAAAUCGAAGAAAGCAUUAAAUAAACAUUUUCAUUAAAUUUAUACGCUUUUAUAUUUAUCAAUACAUAUUUGUAAUACAAAUUGCCUAUAACUGUCUUAAAGUAAGAUUUAUAAUAAAAUGGUAUGUUUA